AUGAACAAGUACGAGGUGAUUGGAGUCGUGGGCGAGGGUGCGUACGGGACCGUCCUCCGAUGCCGGAACAAAGAGACGGGCGAGGCGGUGGCGGUGAAGAAGUUCAAGGAGAACGACGACGAUCCCGCGGUCCGUAAGACCACGCUUAGGGAGGUGAAAGUGUUGAGAACGCUCCAGCAGGAGAACAUCGUCAGCCUGAAGGAGGCUUUCCGUCGCAAGGGUAAGUUGUACCUGGUGUUCGAAUACGUGCCGCGUAACCUGCUAGAGGUGCUCGAGGAGCGCCCGGGCGGCCUCGACCCGGACCUCGUGCGCAGGUACACCUGGCAGCUCGUCAAGGCUGUCGCGUGGUGCCACCGACACGACAUCGUGCACAGGGACAUCAAACCCGAGAACCUACUCGUGGGUUCAGAUGACACCGCAUCGGACGCGCUCAAGCUGUGCGACUUCGGCUUCGCGCGCCAGCUCAAGCGCCACAAGGCUAACGAACCCCUCACGGAUUACGUAGCCACGCGGUGGUACCGGGCGCCGGAGUUGCUCCUGGGCUCCAACUCGUACGGCUUGGAGGUGGACCAGUGGGCCGUGGGGUGCAUCAUGGGAGAGCUCACCGACGGGCAGCCGCUGUUCCCCGGUGAGUCCGACGUGGAUCAGCUGCACAUCGUGCGCGAAGCCAUGGGCGCGAUCGACGAGAAGACCCAGGGACGGGACGAUCGUGUCAGUCGCACACGGCUUCCCCCAUCCACUUCCCCGCGUCGCGACCGGGGUAUGGAACACCUGAGGCGGCGGUACUCUCCCAAGUUGGACGAUAACGCGCUGAGGUUCAUGCGGGGCACGCUCGCGAUGGACCCGCGCGAGCGCCUGAGCUGGCAGAACAUGCUCACGCACGCGUACUUCGAGGGUAUGGACGGCUGGACCGCGCGGCCGCCGCUGCACGAAAAUCCCGCCGAGAAGGCGCCAAACGCGAAAGCGCCAAAUGUCGCGCCAAACUCAAAGUCGUCGUCAUCGGAGACGGCGACGAGUCACCCGACGGAGAGGAAACAUCCGUCGCCGACGACGUCGCCGGUGACGCUGAAAGAGCGAAGGGAGAGACGGAUGAAGGAGAACGCGGAGGCGCGACGGAUGGCGAUGGAGACGACGGCGGCGGCGGCGGCGCAGUCGGAGCUCGAAGCCGCCGCGAGGGAGGCGAAGGCGUCGAGGGAACGUAGGGAAAGGGAGCGCGCCGCGCGGGAGACGGCCGCCAAGGCGAGGGCGUCGGUCGCGGAGUCGCCGUACUCGACGUCGGCGGCGGCGAGGCGGCGGAGGGAAAAGUUUGGCGUCGGCGCCGGAGCGUCCGGAGCGUCCAUCCGCCACUCGAGCUUGAGGGCGGACGAGACGAUGACGGGGACGGGGACGGGGACGGGGACGGGGACGGGGACGGGGACGACGGUGGAGUACGUCGCGGGGACCAGGAGGUACGGCAGCUUUGGCGCCAAACCCGGCGGCGUCGCGGAGCUUCGAUCGAGGUACGCGUCGAGGGUGCUCGGCGCCGCGGCUGUUUCCUCGGCGAGACUCGCGGAAACAGACGCGCUCGCCCGCGGCCGCCGCUCGAUGCAGCGGCCUCACUCACUCGCCGCGGACGUCUUCGUCGACGAAGACGACGCCGCGGUGAGGGGGUGCGAUCGCGGGGUCGGCGAUCGCGCGUCCUUCGCGCGUCUCGCGUCCUUCGCCGACCCCUCGAAACCGGCGAGGAGGCUCCAGAGUUUAGUCGGCGCUCGCGCGUCCCCGGCGCUCGCCCCGCCGACGCCCUCGAUGGCGCUCAACGGGAGGGCGAUCGGGGUUCCCAAGGCGACGCGGCCGGCCCGAGGCGGGGGCGGGUUUUGGGGCGGGUUCGGGUCCGCGGACGCGCCUCGGAGCCUGGCGGCGGGAGGAGGAGGAGGAGCGCGGGCGAGCGCCGGGCCGACGCCGCACUUGGAUCGAUUGGGGGCGGGACCGGGCGGCGGCUUCGAGGAGCGGGGAAGGCGCGUCGCGGUGGGCGGGGGUCUGGGAGCGGGUUGGAGGUAG